AUGUCGUUGUAUCUGAUAUGGAGUGCAAGGUUCACCAAUGCCACAAACGGCAAUAGUGCGUCCAGUGCCAGUAAUAGCAGGACAAGCAUUAGUAGCAGCAGCCCUGACAGCAGUAGUGCUACGGUGGGCGAUGCCGCCCCCCAAUACAGUGCGCGUACGCCGCAAUCAGGAGAAAGACGUCUUCGUGGCAGAGGAAACAAACGCACUGCGGCAACAGCAGCAGCGCCAAGUAGUACAGCAUCGGCAGGAGGUUCUGCUGCCACGACAUCCGCACCGGCGGCUGCUGCAUCACAAGCAGCAGCUCUGUCAGCUGCUGCAUUGGGAGCUGCUAACAACAGCGAUAGCGAAGGCUUUCUCGGAGAGGAGCUUCCAUCCGCAUGCGGGAGCCCUCCUACAGCGUCACUUGCGCCUCCAGUCGUCAGUCCCGUGCUGAUGCCUCCCCCUGUCCCCCGCUUCCCUCCGUCUGCACCCGUGGAAGUUGGUGCACUUAGGGGGCCCUUUACGCCGAAUGCGGAGCUCAGGCGAGAGGCGCAUGUGCAGCGACUCCUGCUGCAGUUGUGCCAGGAUGACGCGCGUCGGUACGAGCAGCAGCAGCAGCAGCGGUGGCGUCAUCACCAGCAGCAGCCGCCACGGGAGGGUGUUGUUGGCUUUGGGGUUCCCGAGGUAGUGCAGGGUCGAUAUCAUUCUUUGCUGCUGCUGGAUUCGCCCGAGAGCUUGGAUCGGCAGCGUCUGCUGCUGCAGCAAGAGCAGCAGCAGCAGCUGCUGCUGCCAAGUGCGUCUAUGACGUGCGGGUAUCCUACAGUUUGCUUCAAGGCCUUGUGUCUAGACGAUCCCCACGCCUACGUCUUGCGGCUCAUAGCGCUCUUCCCCAUCUCUUCGUUCGACCUCGUCAAGGCCGCUGUAAAGCGCUGGGCUCCUGUCUCCUCCACCCAUCCCAAUAUCGUCCCCUUGCGGCAGGCGUUCGCAACUGCGGACUUAGCAGCCUGCCUUUCUACUCUCUCAGAAACGUCGCUCUCCAGCAGGGGUCCAUGGGGGGCCUCAUCGAGCCUUGCCGGUUUGGCCGCAGGAGGGGGCUGGGAGGCGCCUCUGAAUCAGCGGGAGUCACACGUAGGGGAAUCCACCUCCGAGAGUGAGGAGGAGGGGCGGGGGGGCACUUUGCUCGGAGGACCACCGCGUGGUGGCAGUAGUAGAAGCAGCGUGGUGUUUGUUUUUGACUAUUACCCCAACGCGUAUACACUGGAGGAGCGCUUCGUUGGAACGGAGGAAGGGAGGGAAACACCCAGUGAAAAGGUGCUUUGGAGCGUCGCGCUGCAAAUCCUCAUGGCCCUGCAGCAUAUCCACAACAACCAGUGA